AUGGCUGUAAACAGAGCAGUGCCGGAAAGCAUUCGUGGCCUGCUGUGUGACACCAGGUACACAGGAGCACGUGGGGAGGGUAAUUAGGGAUCCAUGCUCCUUCUAUGGCUCUGACAGCCGCUCUGGGAAGGGUGUGAUUUUGUGUUCAUUAAUAUAUGCUCUGCCUUCUACUGACGCAUCUCUGCUGCAAAUGGGAUCAGGAACAUGGCGAUGCACAGGAUAAUAAUCAAAUUAGCCAGGGUAGCCCAUAGGCGUGCACACAGAAUCGGUUUUCAUGGUGAAUAGGUGAAUAGCUGAUAACAUGAUCCCGUAUGAGCCUGGCCAUAUGAGAAAGCUGCACAUCUGCAGAAGUUGUUGCUGCUAUUGAUGUGAACACUCUUGCCAAUGAAGUUUAUAAGCAUAACUUUCCCAGCACGCCAUUGUGGGCAAAGACAAUUGAGAAUUGGCCUGCAAGGUGAUGUAUCUGAUCCACGGACAAAAAGCUUUCUCUAUAUCCUUGAUAUUCUCCCAAGACUCCAGAAGCUUCCAAAAUACCUACUUCUGGAAAAUGUUAAAGGAUUUGAAUCCUCUUCUGCGAGAAAUGAACUUCUGCGAACACUAGAAACCUGUGGAUUUAAAUAUCAAGAAUUUCUAUUGUCUCCAACCUGUCUUGGCAUUCCCAAUUCUAGGCUGCGAUAUUUUCUAAUUGCAAAGCUUCACCAAGAGCCAUUUGCCUUUCAAGCUCCUGGUCAGAUAUUGACAAGAUUCCCAGAUCAGGAUCUGAAAGACUUAUUCAAGGACAAAGUCACUGACAAAGUGGGUGAAGCUAGUUUUUCCUUGUCUUCUGAAGAGAAGAAUCUGGAUCUAAACAUGGAUCUUGAUUUCAGUAGCAAGAAGAGUUUACCAAAAGGGGCCUUUCUUUUUAAGCUUGAAACAGUAGAAGAAAUUGAAAGGAAACGUGAUCAGGACAAUGAUUCCUCUAUUCAAAUGCUAAAAGAUUUCUUAGAAGAGGAAAGUGAAGGAAUGAGCCAGUAUUUCUUACCACCGAAGUCCUUAUUGCGCUAUGCUUUCUUGUUAGACAUUGUUAAGCCCACAUGCCGGAGGUCCACAUGCUUUACAAAGGGGUAUGGACACUAUGUAGAAGGGACAGGCUCAGUUCUGCAGACAGCAGUAGAUGUACAGCUUGAAUCAGUGUUUAAACACAUAGAGGAGUUACCAGAAGAAGCGAAGCUUAUGAAGUUGUUGACACUAAAACUGAGGUACUUCACCCCAAGAGAAAUAGCAAAUCUUCAUGGAUUCCCUCUGGAAUUUGGCUUUCCUGACAAAGUAACAAUAAAGCAAUGCUACCGUCUUCUGGGAAACAGCCUCAAUGUACGUGUGGUAGCAAAAUUGAUUUCCGUUCUUCUUGGAUAAUUUAGAACGUGAAUCUGAUGAGUACAGACUGCUGACAGAAAAUACUUCCAUCUUUCAAGAGAAAGCUGACGGCAUCUGAACAAAAAUCAUAACUUACCAAAGUAUCUGUCCAGACAUUUUGCUGAACAGUUCUGAUACUUUUUUAAUACUUUGAUUUUACGGUGGAUUUGCACUGUAGAGGUGUUUUAUUUAAAUGGAAGCUGCCAGGACUUAAUUGCUGUAUUUAAAUGUCAUUUUUAGUUUGCAGAAGAGCAGCAUUUACAUAUACCUCAAUGAAAAUGGAUAAGACUAUUUUAUCUUAAAACAGUCUUCUCAGUACAGUAUAAAAAGGCUGUAAAUGUCAAAGCUGUUUUAAUUAAGUGCAGAGACCAAGUUCUACAUGUAAAAUGUUCAUCUGUAAUUAUCAGUGAUCCAUUCUUAAAAGAUCUAUUGUAUAUAUGACCUGAAAUUUUGAUGUGGUUUUUUUUUUUGUAGCUAAUGUAACUGUUAAAUUCAGUAUUUUGUAUACAAUUUUUAAGACUACGCAGUGUCAUCCUUAGUUUAUGGUUGUCUCAUCCUCUCUAAAAAUACUUGUAGGUUUCUGGAACCCAACUGUAUCUGUCUGGAAUGAUCUGUUUAGGUGCAGCUGAAUAAAAUUUCAAGAUUAUCACAA